AAUGAUGCCUAUUAACUUAACAAAAACCCUGCUAUCUCAUAAUAGGGGACUUUCUUCUAUACAUCGACAUAAUAUUUCGCUUAGAAAUUUGUUGUACUAUACUAAACAAAUAUACCACUUCACAAUUUUGUAAGCGCUAUAUCAAGUUGCUCUUAAUUUUCUCUCUUAUUACAAUACAUAAUAACAGAAUAAAUAUUUAAUAAUGAAAACGCAUGAUUUGGCCAAUAUUUCGCGAAUGAAAAAAUUUUAUUUCUUUAUCGCAGCAAAGUAGCUUCCUUGUUUUAAAAUUGCAAAGUCCAAUUACUCUUAGUCAAUCAAUGUUACGUUAGUAACACGGCCUUUCAGGCGAUAACUUGAGAAAUGACAUCGCGAAUGCCUUUGCUUGUUAAUAAGUCGCUACCGCGAUAACUCUUUUGUCCUUAAUAAAUUCGACGCCGAGCCCAUCUGUACGAGUUUCCCUCCUACGCGGCAUAACAUUUAGCGCAGUUAAUACGCGCAAUCAAUAAUGUUUACGAGUACCCGUGACGACCGUUUCAAUGAGCCACUCCUCAGCUAUAAACACACUCCGUGCAUUGAAAUUCUCAUAGCGGAGCGCUGCUUAAUAAUAGGGUACGCACAUGAUGCCCCCGCUUUGCCAUAAAUUACUGCCGCGUUAAUACCGUGAAAUGUGUCGCGUGUAAUGCGCGACAUGCGCGAUCUGCGAAAUGUGAAUCUUUAUUGUUGCAGUUUGGGAUACGCGCGUUAGAUCGCGGCUGGUAACAUACUUCAGGAAUGCACAGUGACUCACACGACAACUCACAAUUCUCUCACAUUCGGACGGAGAAGUGGCGCGAGAAGUCUCAAGGAUUGCGGAGCAAAAUUUACUCCAGACUCUUGAUACCACCCUUGAUUACGAAGACAUCGUGUAAGGAUCUGGCAGAUAUGUCUCGAAUCCCUCUUAUGGCACCUGAGAGUGAUUUGCAAGUCAAAGCAGAUCGUCAAAAUAAUAUCGUAAUGCUUGAGGUAUACGCUAAAAACAAAUACAAACUUUUCAUCAAUACAGAGUUACUUAAAUAGAAAAUUUUCAAUUUCAAAUUUACGAGAAUCCUAAAGUCAUCUUUUUUUACCGACACAUUUGAAUACAGUUUUUACGCAUGUAAAUCUUUUUGUUGGCUUUCAUGCACAAAAUAAUACCAGGAUAAGUUGCAGACCGCGUAGCAGAACAUUUUCAUACUUAAAACAGUCAGUUGAGAAGUCUA